AUGAGUAGCUAUUCACCAGGCAUUCCAUCCUCUUUUGACCCCGCGCUACUACAUUCCGAAUUCGAAUUCCUCGACAACGCGCCCGCCCCAUCCUCCCAUUCCGACGAACUAGACGCAUUGCACGACUGCAUCGCCGAAGACACCGCAAAGAAGAAUAGUGCCGGUGUCGUCAUACAGCAUCGCGCCUGGAACGUAGCGGAUAUAUUCAGGAGUGAGGGAGAAGGACCAACUGACACGCCUGCAAAGCGCCAGAAGCAGUCACCAGUCAAGCGCCUCCCUACACAACCUUCAAUUGACAUCACAACAUUCCCUUCGUCGCCUCCGACUUUCGAAAUGCCGCUCAUUUCGUCACCCAUCGCAUACCCGCCGAGCUCAUCGAUGCCACAGCCGCCCUCGCCGAAGAAGAGGAAGCGCCCAGAAGACGCACGAGAGCCACUCAAAGAUGUGCCAAACAACAAUGCAACACGCAAGAUUGGAGGCUUUUUGGACGACUCCGACGACGAAGAAGACAUUGCGGCCCUGAAGGAACACACGUUGAAGCGGAGGGCUGUCAGCAGCAUCAAAGACCUCCCAGCUGUUCCUGAAGGCUUAGCAGACUACACACCCCCUGCAAGCCAGGACGAGUAUGCAGACCCCGAAUCGAUACCGGUAGACGAUCUAGACAACUACAGCUUCAAGUCACAAUCACAAUCGCCGGUAAAGCGGCCGCACACAUCACAUCAGCCAACUUCAGCACAAUCUGCACCGGGCAUUCUGGCCCGUAACGCGUUGGGGAAGGCCUUUCAUAUAGGCAAGAAGGCCCAACGCGAGACCCAGACAUACGAAGAGAUCAUUGCAGCACGAUCCGAACCCGUGGAAGGAAAGGCCCGGACGAGUUACUAUGGUCUCAAUAUUCAUCAGCUCAUGGACGAGGCGAAGGCGCUUGAUCAGGAGAAGGCCAUGAAUGCGUCUCUGAAGAAGCUUGACCUAGCAGCACAACCGUCGAUCGAGCAGCCAGUGGCCAAAAAUGGAAAGACCAAUCGUACACUCAUGUGGACUGAGAAGUACCGAGCGAAGAAGUUCACAGACUUAGUGGGAGACGAACGUACACAUCGAUCUGUGUUGCGGUGGCUGAAGGCGUGGGACCCAAUCGUAUUCCCCGGUUCGGGCAAAGCGAAGCCCAAGAAAGCAAAGGACGGGUUCCAGGAAGACGAACAGAGACACCGCAAGAUUUUGCUGCUGACUGGGCCUCCGGGGCUCGGAAAGACAACCUUGGCUCAUGUCUGCGCACGACAGGCAGGUUAUGAAGUACAGGAAAUCAACGCUUCGGACGAGCGCAGCGGAGCCGUCGUCAAAGGCCGCAUUCGAGAUAUGGUGGGAACUGAGAAUGUCCGCGGUGUCAAUACCAGCACCGUGAACGGCAAGGUGCGAAAAGCUGGAAAGCCAGUAUGCGUUGUGGUCGAUGAAGUAGAUGGUGUCGUUGGCAGCGGAGGCUCAGGCGAAGGUGGCUUCGUCAAGGCACUUAUCGACUUGAUAAAUCUGGACGAGCGAAACACAAAGGCAAUCGGUCAGCAGCAGUCAACAGCGGGCACCAAGAAGAAGAAGGGUGACAACUUCAGACUCUUGCGACCACUCAUCCUUAUCUGCAACGACCUCUACCACCCUUCGCUGCGGCCACUGCGACAGUCCUCAAUGGCUGAGAUUGUGCAUAUCCGUAAGCCUGCCCUCAACAUGGUCGUCUCGCGCAUGCAGGAGAUCUUCGGCAAGGAAGGCAUCCAAUGCGAUUCGGAUGGCGUGCGCCGUCUCUGCGAAGCUACGUGGGGUGUCAGCACAAAGAAAGAGGGCGGGACGGGCAGUGGCACUGGCGAAGGAGACAUACGUGGCGUUAUGGUGGUGGCCGAAUGGAUAGCAGCUCGGUUACGAUCAUCACACGAUGUGAAGUCCAAGGAGAGGCCCCAUCUAUCGCGGAAGUGGAUAGAAGACAAUCUCAUUGGCGACUUGCGACAUGGUGGUGGAGCCGCUCGAAGCCUGGGGAGAGGCGGUGCAAAAGACGUUGUCGACCGUGUAUUCCGUGAGGGUGCUGGCUUCCCGAAGCAAGCUGAAACGACCGAUGCAAAAUCGGCAGCCGCGAGGGCCAAGAGCGGUGUGAUCGGAGUUGCUGAAGCAGGCAAACGGAGAGCUAUGGAUCGUCUUAGGGAGAUGGUCGAUACGAGCGGGGAUUGCGAUCGCAUCGUGACAGACUGCUUCACUGCCUAUCCCGAGAAGCCGUUUCAAGACGAUACUCUUCUCAGCAAACCAUCUGCUGCAUACGAAUGGUUGUACUUCCAUGACACAAUCAACUCGGCCGUUCACGGAUCUCAGGAAUGGGAACUAGCACCAUAUCUGUCGAACUCUGUCCUUGCCUUCCACAACCUCUUCGCUUCGCCUAUCCGAUCAUCUGCAAACCCCGUAGCAGACCCAGAUGCACAGCCAGCACCUUUCUCAGGACCGGGUGCAAGCUUUGCAGCUUUGGAGCAGACCAAGGCUAGCAGAAGUCAAUUGAUGGCGCUGCAGACAAGUCUUAGCCUACCGUUGACGCGUAUGUUUCGAAGUCCAGAGGAGAUGGCCAUGGAACUAAUACCAUACGUCUUGCGUAUGUUGUCACCCGACGUAAAACCUGUCCUCGUAAACACCGGUGCAUCAGGGUCAAAGUCUUUCGCCACGGCAUCCGUCCGCAAAGCUUCAGAGAAAGAACUGGUCAAGAAAGCUGUAGAAGCAAUGACAGCCACUGGCAUUCGGUUCGAAAAGUCACGAAUCGAGACCGAAGACGUGGCGAACAGAAAUGCUGGCUUCGUCUGGCGUAUGGAGCCCGCGUUGGACGUCCUAGCAACUUUCGAAACACUUGCCGGCAGGAAAGACGACAAAGGGCGCUACGCAGUUCGCAGCGUCCUGGAACAAGAAUGGCGCAAAGAAUCCGCUCUUCGUGAACAUGCCAAUCGCAAGCGCCGCGGUGGUAUGGAUGAAUACGAGGACGAGGUUGAGGCUAGCAAGAAAGAAGAGAAGACGACGGAAGAGAAGGUCGCUGAAGCCAGCAAGAAGGCCGUGAAACGGGACUUCUUUGGCAGGGUGAUUGUAGAAACGGAUAAGAGCAGGAAGGAAGCGAAGAGGAAGCAAGACAGUGGGGAGAUGCAGGGUGAUGUGGGGAGGAUAUGGGUAUCCUUCCACGAAGGAUUCUCGAACGCGGUACGGAAACCUGUCACUAUUGACGACAUUAUGAGGGGACUUUAG